GCGGACUUGCUUGACGAGCGCACCGAGCAGCUAAAAGAACAAGAGUCUCAAGGGACGGGAGCUUCGGAGGACUAAACAGACUUUGACAUCGCGACGGCCGCUGGCGAGCUCCGGGAUAUUUGAGGCCGCUGCAGCGCAAUCAUGGGGAGCAUAUCCAUGACUCAAGAGCAGGGGAUCGGUGUACUGGUGCUCAAGGAACCCUACGGUGUCGUGCUAGGCUUCGCCCCGUGGAAUGCUGCAUAUAUCCUGGGCUUCAGAGCAGUCAUGUGCGCUUGCUGCCGGAAACACUGGUGUCUUGAAAGGCUCUGAACUCAGUACUCGCUGUUCCUAUAACAACGGACGCAACUUCACCGACGCCGGACUACCCAAAGGCGCUCAGAACGUGAUCUAUACCCCCCGCGACUCUCCUGCUCAGAUCACGACUCUCCUGAUCGAGUCCCCUGCUGUCAAGAAGCUUAACUUUACGGGAAGCAACGCAGUGGGAACCAGCAUCUGCGCAGCCGCUGGCAGAGCCCUCAAGCCCGUCCAAUGAAACUCGGCGGCAAAGCAGCGGCUGUCGUGCUGGGCGAUGCUGAUCUCGAGAUGGCUGCCUCCCAGCAUGUUCUAGGUGCAUUCAUGAAGGCGAGCCAAAUGCGCAUGGGCGUCGAGCGCAUCAUCGUGCAAGAACCCAUCGAAGACCAAUUCUUCGGCGAGCAGCGCAAGAAUUCCAACCUGCUAACGCGCUGUCUCCCAUCUUCUUACAGGCUGCGGACGAAGCAGUUAGGAUCGCCAACGACAGCGAAUGUGGACCGAAUGGGGAUGUGUUCACACGCGAUCUGGCGCGCGGACGCUGAGUCGCAAAGCGAUUGGAGUGCGGACGAGUUUCAUUCGUCGAAUCACGUCUGGCA